AUAAAUGAGGAAUUUUUUCAAACAAGAAGAGUCCUUCCAUCUUUCAAAACUAUCAAUCUCAAACGCCAGUCAUGGAGAAAGCAGAUGUGAUCCCAGAGGUAGUCUUAAGCUCUGGACAUAAAAUGCCAAUGCUAGGUUUGGGAACAGCAUGCUACCCUAUCCCUCCCAAUCUUACUUCUACUCUUGUCCAUGCAAUUAAGCUAGGUUACCGACAUAUCGAUACUGCUUCUAUCUACAGCACCGAAGAGUUCGUCGGCCAAGCCAUAGCCCAAGCACUCGAGCAAGGCCUAAUAAAAAGCCGUAGCGAUGUUUUCGUUACUUCAAAGCUAUGGUGCACAGAUGCAGACCAUGAUCUUGUCCUCCCAGCACUAAAGGAAACAUUGCAAAAACUUAGCCUAGAUUAUGUGGAUCUCUAUCUGGUACACUGGCCUGUAAGGGUGAAACAAGGAUCUAGCUACCCUCCCCCUUUGGAGGACAUUCUUCCCUUUGACAUGAAAGGGACUUGGGAAGCCAUGGAAGAGUGCUGCAGGCUUGGCUUCGUAAAGUCUAUUGGUGUUAGCAACUUCUCCACCAAGAAGCUCUCCCAACUUCUAACUUAUGCCACCAUCCCUCCAGCCGUGAAUCAGGUGGAAAUGACUGCUGCAUGGCAGCAGAGGAAGCUGAGGGAGUUCUGCAAUGAGAAAGGGAUGCAUGUCAGUGCCUGGUCACCUCUUGGAGCAUUUGGACAUAACUGGGGUUCAACUUUGGUAAUGGAGAAUCCAAUUCUCAAAGAUAUUGCCAUGGCCAAGGGGAAAACUGUUGCACAGAUCUCACUGCGAUGGGUAUAUCAGCAAGGAGUAACCCCACUAGUGAAGAGCUUCAACGAGGAAAGGAUGAAAGAAAACCUUCAAAUCUUUGAUUGGGAACUUACCCAGGAAGAACUUGAAAAGAUAAGCCAGAUUGCACAGACAAAAAGGUUUUUAGCUGAAAUGUUUAUUUCUCCAAAUGGGCCUUACAAAUCUUUGGAAGAACUCUGGGAUGAGGAAGUCUAACCUCAAUUACCAGAUUUCUUCCUAUAGAGGCUAAAGGGAAUUUGAGGAACUGUAUUUUCUAUGUUACCCCUAAAAAAAAUAAAAUAAAAAAAAUUAAUAACAAGAAAAUCGAUUGUGAUUCAUAAUACAAUAUAUUUCUGCCCCUUCUUACA